AGAGGGUGUGACCAAGGCUGGGUGGCAGGGGGGUGGGCAGAGUCAGUAAGCUUCAUUAUGACUGAUCAACAGGCACAGGUGACCCAGUUUCCGAUGCCCUUUGACCUUAUUACGUUCCUUGAGCCCACAGUGCGUGCCACUCCUGACCUCAUUCGUCACCAAGCUGACCCAAGCGCUAGGCUAAUGGUAACCAUUGACGUAGCUGUUAUAAGGCCCCGUGUCACAUGUAGCAGCAACCUCUUUUUUGGACUGCUAACUGGUCUAGCUUGUUUCCUCUCAUUCCUUCUCCCUCCUUGCCCAUUCUCUCCACAGAACAGACAGGACAGUGGGCCCAGUACAACCAUUGGUGAGGCUGAGAUUUUAUGUCACCCCCAAACAAAGGAAUAAUGAAUGAGAAAGUGUAUACUCUUUGUUCACAGGGUGCUAUCUGGGUUUUAUCCAAGCCUCGUCCUCGCCAAACCCCAAUGUCCUUACUCAUAAUGGCCUGGUGACACAUAUAGUACAUGGCACAGUAAAAUGGCUGUUGUUAGCUUAAAUUGUUCCCAACAGGGCAAGUACAGUAAAUGGCCUUGUACUUAUUUAAAUUAAAGUGAAACAGAAACCAAAGUCCAAGUCCGCUUUUUCUCAGUCUCUUCAUUUUCACUGUUUCUGCUCUGUCAUCUGUGCUGUAUACAGACUCCGAGCCUUUCUCUCUCUGUCCAGACGCAAGCUCUCUAAUUUAGACCUCUGUCUGCUCUUUAUUUUCCCUCUAUACAUUUUAAAUUAUCAUCAAUUAGGAGAUUGUUUGAUUUCAAAUGCAUAGCUAUUUGAAAAGGGCUUUGUUUGAUUGCAAUGAAUGACUACUUGGUCUAUGUUUCGUGUGAAGAGUGAAAGUGUACACAGACUGUUGAUAUAUAGGAAAGCAUAUUUACACGUACUGUAUAAUACUAAUGUGCGAAUGUGUUUAAGAGUGAGUGUGAAUAUGUGCAUGCACACAUACUGUAGUGUAGUAAAGUGUACCUGCAUAAGGAUGUAAAUUCAUGGAGGGAGCUAAACCUGAUAGUGUGUAGCAGUAGAGGCGUGCACAUGUGCAGGUGCACGAAGGUGUGUGUGUUUCUGCCCUCUCCGUCUCCUCCGUGCUGCUCUACUCUUCUACCAGUGUGGAAGUCAACAGAAGAGUUCCUGUUCUAGGUUUAAAAAUAACUGUGGGACUUAAAUUCCUUUCUCUCUCUUUCCUCUUUUCUCCCUCCCUCUCCCAUAACCUCUCUCUCUUCACUUGUUUUGGAACAGGCUGUGUUCUUUCUCUCGCUCCCUGUCACCCUGCCCCUUCCCAUGUGCCAGCAUUGAGACACACACCCAAUGCUGAUGUGGUUUGAGCAAUCACAGGCCAUAUACAUACAGUUUUAGUGCACAAAAAUAUGUGUGUGUGUUUGUGUAACAGAAUGCACCUCAACAGGUGUGACUCCUCCUGACUUUAACGAACACUCCACACCUGUCCCCCUUCGCCUCGCAUAUGUAAACCAGUGGAGGCUGCUGAGGGGAGGACAGCUCAUAAUAAUGGCCGGAAUGGAGCAAAUUGAAUGGCAUAUGGUUAUGUGUUUGAUACCGUUCCACCAAUUCCUCCAACAAUUACCACAAGCCGGUCCUCCCCGAUUUGUUUGUAUUUUUGUAUUUAUUUAACCUUUAUUUAACUAGGUAAAUCAGUUAAGAACAAAUUCUUAUUUACAAUGAAGGCCUACCAAAAUGCAAAAGGCCUCCUACGGGGUGGGGGCUGGGAUUAAAAAUACACAUAAAAUAAAAAUAUAGGACAACACACACAUCACAACAAGAUAGACAACGCUACAUAAAGAGAGACCUAAGACAAUAACAUAGCAAGGCAGCGACACAUGACAACACAGCAUGGUAGCAGCACAACAUGACAACAACAUGGUCAAUUAAGGUACCAUCACCCUCUUGUGGUUUAAACACACCAUCUAUCCCUCUUACACACCCCAUGCCUUUCCUCCAGCUGACCAUCUCUGUUUUACCUUUCUCAUGGAACCAACUUGUUGUUUUGGAAUAAAAGUUGGUAAUGGAGGAAUUAGGUCUGAACUGCCAGUCAUGAAAUGGCAGACCUCGUCUUUCUUUUCAGUGAUCUCACAGAACUAUCCCCCCUUCUUUACUCUCUAUCUCUGUUCUCAGUCUCUCCAUGUUUCUCCCUCUCUUUUUCUAUUUCCACCACAGAAGGUUUGUGGCACCUUAAUUGGGGAGGAUGAGUUAAAUGGUAUCAAAUACUUUAAACACAUGGUUUGAUGCCGUCACCUCUCUGAUUCAGAGGGGUUGGGUUAAAUGCGGAAGACACAUUUCAGUUGAACACAUUCAGUUGGACAACUGACUAGGUACCCCCUUUUCCCUUCCCAUUCCAUUCGCUCCGUUCCAGCCAUUAUUAUAAGCCGUCCUUCCCUCAGCAGCCUCCAAUGAUUUCCACAGACUUGUUUAUGAAAGUAUAAUGUUUGAUCUCUUUCUCAGCUGCCACCGCCCAUCUUUUUUCCACUCCUUCCACUCCCCCUUUACCUUCCCGCUUACCGCCGUGAAUUCCAUUUGAUCAUAAACGGGGAGGGAUUUCCACUGAAGUAGUCAAAGAUCUGAAAACAAACCAGUGUCACUUAGGCUAUUACCAGUUGACGUUUGCUGUCAACAUAGAAUGCAAAGGUCAGCAGAAAGGUCAUUGAAUAUUUGCAAUGUCUAUGUGUGAAUAUCCAUCUCAGAGAGAGAGAAGUGUGUGUGUGUGUGUGUGUGUGUGUGUGUGUGUGUGUGAAUUUUGAGUGUCUGUGCGUGUGUGUUUUCUGUUGGUGUUAUAUAUUGGAAAGUGUAUGUGUGCGUUGGGUGGGACCAGUUCAGACUACAGUGGAAAGGACACGUCCUUUGAUGAGUCAUGGUAGCCUAAGCUUUGAGGAAAUAUGAAAACAACAACACGCCUGUGAGUGUGUCCAUCUAUUACUUAGCCCUUCAUUUUUUCUCGCUGGGGGGGAUCUUCUUACCUUAAACAAUUACAUCAGACAGAGAUGGAUUGAGUGGGAAGAGGAUAAAGGAGUGUGUGUAUGUGUGUGUACAGUCUGCGUGUCUUCAGUAAAACAGUGUGUAAUGCGGCACACUUUGUCGUCACAGUUCGUGUCAGUGUACAGUACCAGUUAGAAGUUUGGACACACCUACUCUAUGAACGGUUUUUCUUUAUUUUUACUAUUUUCUACAUUGUUGAAUAAUAGUGAAGACAUACAAACUAUGUAAUAACACAUAUGGGAUCAUGUAGUAACUAAAAAAGUGUUAACAAAUCAAAAUAUAUAUGUUUCCUUCAAAGUAGCCAUCCUUUUUCUUGAUGACAGUUUUGCACACUCUUGGCAUUCUCUCAACCAGCUUUAUGAGGAAUGCUUUUCCAACAGUCUUGAAGGAGUUCCCACAUAUGCUGAGCACUUGUUGGCUGUUUUUCCUUCACUCUGCAGUACAACUGCUACCAAACCAUCUCAAUUAGGUUGAGGUCAGGUGAUUGUGGAGGCCAGGUCAUCUGAUGCAACACUCCAUCACUCUCCUUAUUGGUCAAAUAGCCCUUACACAGCCUGGAGGUGUGUUUUGGGUCAAUAUCCUGUUGAAAAACAAAUGAUAGUCCCACUAAGCGCAAACCAGAUGGGAUGGCGUAUUGCUGCAGAAUGCUGUGGAAGCCAUGCUGGUUAAGUGUGCCUUGAAUUCUAAAUAAAUCACUGACAGUGUCACCAGCAAAGCACUCCCACACCAUCACACCUCCUCCAUGCUUCACGGUGGGAACCACACAUGCGGAGAUCAUCCGUUCACCUACUCUACGUCUCACAAAGACACGGCAGUUGGAACCAAAAAAUCUAAAAUUUGGACCAAAGGACAGAUUUCCACCGGUCUAAUGUCCAUUGCUUGUGUUUCUUGGCCCAAGCAAGUCUCUUCUACUAAUUGGUGUUCUUUAGUAGUGGUUUCUUUGCAGCAAAUUUGAUCAUGAAGGCCUGAUGCAGUCUCCUCUGAACAGUUGAUGUUGAGAUGUGUCUGUUACUUGUACUCUGUGAGGCAUUUAUUUGGGUUGCAAUCUGAGGUGCAGUUAACUCUAAUGAACUUAUCCAUUACAGCAUAGGCAACUCUGGGUCUUCCUUUCCUGUAGCGGUCCUCAUGAGAGCCAGUUUCAUCAUAGCGCUUGAUGGUUUUUGUGAAUGCACUUGGAGAAACUUUCAAAGUUCUUGACAUUUUCCAGAUUGACUGACCUUCAUGUCUUAAAGUAAUGAUAGACUGUCGUUUCUCUUUGCUUAUUUGAGCUGUUCUUGCCAUAAUAUGGACAUGGUCUAUAUACCACCCCUGCCUUGUCACAACACAACUGAUUGGCUCAAAUGCAUUAAGGAAAGAAAUUCCACAAAUUAACUUUUAACAAGGCACACCUGUUAAUUGAAAUGCAUUCCAGGUGACUACCUCAUGAAGCUGGUUGAGAGAAUGCCAAUAGUGUGCAAAGCUGUUAUCAAGGCAAAGGGUGGCUACUUUAAAGAAUCUCAAAUAUAAAAUAUAUUUUGAUUUAACACUUUUUUUGGUUACUACAUGAUUCCAUGUGUUUUAUUUCAUAAUUGUCAUGUCUUCACUAUUAUUCUACAAUGUAGAAAAUAGUAAAAAUUAAGAAAAAUGAUUGAAUUAGUAGGUGUGUCCAAACUUUUGACGGGUACUGUAUGUUUGCAUGAUUGCUGUACAGUUUAACAGUGUGUCAGUGGAUUGUGGUAUGUGUGUCUAACUCUUAACACAGUAUCAGUGUGUAACAGGGCACACUAUGUGGUCAAAGUGUGUACCAGCUCAGGUACACACUUUUCGUGUCCAUGGGAGCGAGCCCUGGAUUAGCCCGACUGUUCUCAACUCCGUUCCGGUCUGGACUCACCACCACUGGACCUUUAGCACACUCCCUUCUUCAAUAAAUGUCUGUGAGAGAAAGAGAGAGCAACGAAUGAAGGCCACGUAGAGGGGCACCAUGGGAACCUAUGAGGAAGGUAAGAUGGAUGUUGACGACAGACAGGAUAUGGAAGGAGGAGAGAGUGAUGGAUUGAAAGGGGUUGUUAUCGCUAUCAUUUUCACCAUCACCUUUGUAGACUUGUGCAAUAUUUUGGUAUAUCAGAGCUAAUUCCACUGAAACGUCUACAAGUAUAUGUAUACUUUAUCUGUCUCGCUCUCCUCGUCAAGUAUUUUUAUAAAGAAGGAGACCAAAUUCCUAACUGUUUUCUAUGGCUGUUCCAGUAUUAAUGUAGCACACUGCUAGCCAGCUGAGUAUAUUUAUCUUGCCUUUCACAAAACAACAGCUGGACAGAGGUAUGCGUGUGAAAACAACUUAAAAGCAUCAAUAAUAUUAUUUUAAUUCAAACAUAAAUAAAUAAACACCAAAAGCCAGGUCCUCUUUGGAAUGUAGUAAAUCAGAUUUCAUUUUUUUUAUUUUUAUGAAUGAACGCAUUCAUAGUUGGCCACGCCUCAAACCCCUCCCCGUUUGGAAUACCCUGGCCUCAUGCCCGCCUCUUAAUUGGCUAGACCGACUGUGGUAGGCGGAGCUGCAACAAAAGCACGGGGGUAAUAUAUAACCGAGCUGCAAAAAUUAAUCGAUUGAAAUGUGCAGGUGUUGAUAUUCUAUGAAGAACACUACACAUUAAUUUUGGAAUUACUUCGCCUUGUUUGACAGUUCCCGUUGUGGGGUUUUGUUCGUGGACUAAAACAACAAUUAUCUUCUUGUGACAGAAUAUAUAUUUUCUUUAUUUUUUUAUUCAAUUGUCAUUUGACAACAUGAGGACGUUAGUAUUGCUUGUUUUGUUUCAAAUGACGACUAUUGCCUUGGUGAGUGCUGGCUGCCCUGUGAUGUGUGCGUGCCCGGCUGGCCCCCCCUCCUGUCCCCCGGGGGUCAGCUCUGUACCUGACGGUUGUGGCUGCUGUAAGGUGUGUGCUGCCCAGCUCAACCAGGACUGCCACGACUCACACCCCUGUGACCACCACAAGGGGCUGGAGUGUAACUAUGGCAAUGAUGUGGGCCACACUCAUGGCAUCUGCAGGGCGAAGCUUGAGGGUCGCUCCUGCGAAUACAAUGGACGGAUCUACCAGAACGGGGAGAAUUUCCAGGCUGGCUGCAAGCACCAGUGUACGUGCAUUGACGGGGCGGUGGGCUGCGUGCCCCUGUGCCCCAGCCACGUGCCCCUGGCAUCGCCCUCCUGCCCUGCCCCGCGCCUGGUCAAGAUGCCUGGGCAGUGCUGUCUCAGUAUCGACUGCCACAAGGGCUCAUCCGUUGUACCCCCAGUACAACGGCACGCACUGCCUCCAGCCUACCCGCCUUUCCCCUUCAUGCCCUACCCUGCCUACCCCUACAAACCAUACCCCAAGCCGUACCACUACAAACCCAAGGAUACCAUGGGAAACGAGCUGGUGGAGGUAGAGAAGAAGUGGGACAAGCUGCGCGGGCACAAGCACCUGGCGGCAUGGAGGCAGUUUGGAGGGCAGUGUGUGGUCCAGACCACGAGCUGGUCCCAAUGCUCACGCAGCUGUGGGAUGGCCGUGUCCUCUCGUGUCACCAAUGACAACGCCCAGUGUAAGCUAGUGAAGAAAACGCGUCUGUGCAACAUCCGGCCCUGCAGCUCCAUGUCCAUCCCCGUCAAGAAAGGGAGGAAGUGCUCCCGUACCCACAAGGCCCCAGAGCCCCUGCGUCUGUCCUAUGCUGGCUGCCGCAGCACACGUCUCUACCGGCCCAACUACUGCGGCGUGUGUGUGGACGGUCGCUGCUGCUCGCCCCGCCGCACACGCACCGCCUCCGUGACCUUUGCCUGCCCUGAUGGCGAGCGCUUCGACCACUCCGUCAUGUUCGUGCAGUCCUGCAAGUGCAGUAAUAAGUGCAGUCAUCUGAACGAGGUUGCCCUCCCGCCCCAGCAGUGGCUCUACGGAGACACACACAAGUUCACCGACUAGCGUCCCCCUCAAAUCCCUUACUCAUUCCCCAUCACUUUACCCCCCCAGCCAAGCCCCUGAUAGAGACGUAGCCCUAAGAGUAUCUUUGAGUAGACACUAGCCAGAUGCAAAGAUCCCCCACCACCCUCCUGGAGCAUGUUUUGGGAGGCCUGGGUGAAGGAAUUUGAUUGGUUGAUCUGCAUCCUGGACAGAGAUGAGUGACUGGUGCCGGCCUUAGAGUAGACAGCCGGUCCAUUGUGGUUCAUCAACCGGAAUCACCAAAGUGUGUAAAUAGACAAACAUGGAUUUGUCCGGCCACCAUUUUGUCACUCCCCAUGCACUCCUGUACUCUGGGACUGAACCCGCACUGUGGGAACGAUGGAAAAAGGUGGGACACACCCAAUGCAGACUCCAACCCAGCUGCUGCACACACACCCAGUAGACUUGUGGACUUGGGAUGGUAAGGUGUCACAUUUCAUGGUGACUGCCAGCAUAGAGUAGGCCUGUCAAUGGCAAGCAGGUCUGGUUUGAGUAGAAGGAGAAUCAGCCUCAAGAAAACAGAAUGACUUAUCCAGUAGAUUUCCUAUACCUGCUAUUUGCGUAACCAAAUGAAGACACUGAAAGACAGUUUAUGUGGGACAGAAGAUGGAGCCUCCACAGAAUGCUCUGGAAGGGACAUUUGAAUUUGUAAUGAUAUUUAUUGUUGUGACAGAGACGAUGACACAGUGGUUGCCAAUGAGAGAAGCGAUGCUAUGUUUGGAGCGGCAUGACCGGAGGGCCCUGAGAGAGACAAAACAGCUGAGAUCUGUCAGCAGAGAGAGGGGAGUUUCAGGAGGUCUGGGACUUAACCCCUGGUCACACCAGUGUUCACUGUAAUCAAACAGCCACAUUACCUGAGCAAUAGUGGACGAAGACAACUCCCCAAGGAGAGAUGUUAUGGUUAGAGGCAGACUGGCGCAGAACCUGUUGGCUGAGGCUUUGUGUGUGUGAUAAGUCAUUACACAGUUGGACCAGUCUCCAUUUCUUACUCAGCCCUGAAAAAGUGAGACAUCUAACAUAGCGCCAGCAGAACAAGCCUCUGAUUCUGGCAUUGAGUAGUCGUGUUGCUGAUUUGAAGCAAAUUACAAUCCUGACUGAGGGGUAGAAAGAACCUCAGCCACCCUCUGGUUUGUUAUAAAAAUAAAAAUGCCUGCAUUUGAAGUAAACAUAUAAUUUGUAACUAGCGGGCGGGACCGUUUGACUCUCUGGCCUGUAAUCUAGCAACUGAUCCACAAUACUCCACAAAACAAAACUCCUACUCAUGUUGCUUUAUGUUUGAGGCGUCUAAAUCUGCUCUCUGCCAUUGAAGGUUGACAUGUCGACAAUAACAUCAUGCUCCUUAGACUGAAGCAGACAUGAGGACACUACAAAGGGAUCAGCACUACAGCAGUUACAAUUGCAUGGACAUGUGUCAGUAGUCUGUUAGAGCACCUCGAAGAGAUUAGCAUAACAGUUGUCUGAAGUUGGAGGUUAAGAUUCUGUAUUGGUGAGACAUGGAACUCUUUAGAAUGACAAUUCUCCCCUAUUAAAACGGGUUGAUAAUUAAUGCAGCCUUGUUCAUGACUUAAUCAGAGUGGUAUAUCUCAGACUAAAAGAUGUGUAAUUCACAUGCUUUUCCCUCUGACUAUGGAAAGUAGUAGAGGAUUCAAGUAUUGAAGCCCAUGAGAUUUUUAACCUGCCUUGUUUAAGUGUUGAUUUGUAUUUUUCUAUGAUUCAACAUUUGGUACAACUUUUAGGUUGGAACAGGCUUUCAUAGUUGCUGCACACAGCCUGUUAGGUGAUUGACUUUAAAAUAAAAAUGGAAGUUCUGAUUGGUUUGACACUGCCAUCACUCUUACCUAUGUAGUUUGUGAUUUAGAAGUAUUUGGUUUUAUAACUGGACACUAUCGAGCAGCUAUGUACAGAUGCAUCCUUGUUUGAGUUUCUGCCAUGUACAUGCCAAUCCAUUUGACUUAACUUAUAACAAGUCCAUGUAUAGCUAGCACUGAGCAAGUCUGGGUUCUGUGAUGUGGGCACAGCAUACUGUCAUUUGAUAUCUCUAUGCUUUAUUGAAGUGAUUGAAAACUUGUAGAGGCAAAUAUCUGGUUUUGUCCUAACUUUGAUUUACUGGCUAUUUGAGUUCAUGCUGCAUUUGGAAUAAAAAAUGUUUCACGAA